AUAUACUAAAAUGGAGAAAGGAAAAUUAGUGCUAAUCGGAGGUGGAAUUCUAGCCCUUGCAGGGGCUGGUCUCUUAUUAUACAAAUACAGCAGCUCUUCCCCUUCAGAAGAAGAAGCUGGCCCCGAGACUAAACAUGCUAAGGAAGAUUCUUUGGGAGCUGGGAUCAUCCCAAAAGAGGAUAUUUUGAAAAUUCUUAAGAAAAAUCUAGGCGAUUAUGAGCUAUGCCUUGCCACAUGGUAUAAGGUGAGCCUCAAAAUGGCACCUAAGAAUCCUGAACAGGUUGAGAACUUCAAGCAGACAGUCCUGACCAAGAUCAAAGAUAGCAUAAAGUUGACAGAUACAACAAGCAUUAAGGAAAUUGGACACAGCUAUGAUGAGUUUAGCAGAGCUCUUGAUUUUUACAGUGAAGAUUCUGAUAUCAGCUCCCUUUUGGUGUAUAUUGAUGACAACAUCAAGAGGAUUCAGAACAACACCAAACCAGAGCUCAAGCUGCAAGAAGUUGAUGGGAUAGAUGAACAAAAGUUCUUGGAAUUCUUCAAGUUAUCCAACAAGCAGUUCCUUUGGAAGAUGAAUCAGAAAGUUCAGGAAGCAAAGCCAUUGAAUAAGGAAAAGAUCAAACAGAUAAUGCAGAGUUUAAAGCCUCACCAGAAUAAAGUAAAGAUUUGGACGCAUAUGGAGCUCCCAGUGCAUCCUGAAAUGGACACCGCAUGCUUUAUUAAGCAUUAUCAGGCUCAUAUCAUGAUUUCGAGUAGCAAGGUUUCUGAAGAAAUCACGGAUAUCCAAUCAAGAGCUAGUGCUAAAAUGAAGGAGAUAAUUAGAGGAGACUACAAGAAUGAAUUUGACGACGAGCCACUUAAAGAGCAUUUAGAUCAUACAAGAGCAAGCCUUAGCUAGAGUUACUGCCUUUAGUAAUGAUUUAUUGAUGAUCAACC